AUGCGCAAAGGCUUCACGUCCCUUGUUGUUCCAGUGUCGCGAGUGGCUUCUGCUACUCAGCUCUUUCACAAUGCACUAAUCUUUGUGCUCUGCCUCUUGAUCUGUGUCCUGGAACAGGCGAUCCGUUCGGCUGGUCUGACUGCACGGACGAUCUCGUUUGUUACACAUGCGGCCGCCAUUAUCUCAGACGAUAUUAAGUUGGACUCGAGGUCGUUUGUGCCCCUCACCAUCACAGAUGAGAUGGCUGGUAUGAAUUACGAUCCGCACCGAUUGAGUACCUCCAUUUACAACGCCAUCCAAAACCCAGUGGACGCUCAUAUUGUCUCCGUUCCCGAUUAUGCGGUACUGAAGGAUUCUAUCAUGAAGGCCAAAAAGAAUCACAUCCCUAUUAUCGCGCUAUACACUGGACUGCAGGCAGACGAGGACAUAGGUAUUCUCGCUGUCAAGUCGGAUGAGUUUGAGGCAGGACGACUGAUAGGAGCGGAAUUCCUAAGCGACGGUGUUGGAUAUAGCAUCGGCUUGGCUUUAAACGAUACCCUGACUCAGGGACUGAUCAUCGGCAACCCGCAUGCCAGCCAAAUCCAAUACGCACUCGACAAGGCUUUGCAACAAGUUUCUACUCGAACGAUCUCUGCCAACAGAACUGAUCAGCUGUAUUGCGAUGACAACGUGGGCGAAAACGAUUGCGAGGCAGGAAGGGGCUAUGCAGACGAUAUCGUUGCGAAAGGAGGGCGUCGACCUAUCUGUGUGGUUGUCAGCGACGAGCCAGACCAGCAAAUGCUGAUGUGUCACGGCCUGUACGAACACAUGUCAGAAAUUAUGGGUCAGGGGGCGCUACCGCACUUUAAUGACUACUGCAUUCGACUAGCCUAUACAGACCUCUCCUCGGCAUCCAGAAAGAUGGUUGAUCUGGCAAAGACCUACCGGCACGACAGCUUUUACACGGCUUCGUCGUCACUUUUUGAGCUGGUCCGCUGUAUGGCGGCGCUUGGUAUCGUCGACAAGGGCCUGCUACUCACUACAACAGGAAGAUCCGCGGCAUCACUUACAGAUUAUAUCAACGGCAAGAUCGCCCAGGGGUGA